AUGAAUAAAUUAAUUAAAAACGAAGCAAAUCCAGCUACUACAUUUAAAAGUUUAAUAAUUAUAGACGAAACAUUGCCAACAAUAUCGAAAGCAAUUAUUACUGAAAAAUUAAAAUGUGAUAAAAUUGUUCCAAAAGAUGCAGUCUUAAAAAUUAAGUCCCCCAAAAAAAUAUUUAAAAAUGAAUCACCAUCUACCAUUAAAAAUAAAAAUAAAUUAAAACUUCAGAAGCAAGAAGUUAUGCGCGAAUUACAAGAAUCCACACCAUUUCCCAAGCCUAGGCAUAACAAUUCAUUACGGUCAAAUUCAUGCCCUGUUACAUCUAAAUCUAGGUCUAUGUCAAAAAAACCGGUACGAUCAAAUUCAACGCCUAAUGAUGCAUACGCACCAAAGCAGGCCGCAUUUUCGAUUCCUAUGCUGCCUAAUGAUGCAUACGCACCAAAGCAGGCCGCAUUUUCGAUUCCUAUGCUGCCUAAUGAUGUAUAUGUGCAAAAUCAUGAAGAAUCGCAGGACACAUUUUGGAUUCCUACGUUGCCUAAUGAUGCAUACGCACAAAUUCAUGAAGAACCGUUGCCUAAUCAUGCAUACACACAAAUUCAUGAAGAACCGUUGCCUAAUGAUGCAUACACACAAAUUCAUGAAGAACCGUUGCCUAAUGAUGCAUACACACAAAUUCAUGAAGAACCGUUGCCUAAUGAUGCAUACGCACAAAUUCAUGAAGAACCUAUCAUAAACCAGGACGCACUUUGGAUUCCUAUGCUACCUAAUGAUGUAUACGCGCAAAAUCAUGAAAAAUCUAUCGUAAAGCAGGACGAAUUUUGUAUUCCUAUGCUACCUAAUGAUGUAUACGCGCAAAAUCAUGAAGAAUCUAUCGUAAAGCAGGACGAACUUUGUAUUCCUAUGCUAUUGGGAGGAAGCUUUAACAAUGCAACUGAAGAAAAUUUUAAUCAACAAAUUGACACUGAUUAUCCAUCUAAUUCAAAGAUUAAUAGUUCAUUAUAUGCAUCCACCUCAGAAUGCAUGUCAUUUUGUCGUGAUGACAACACUGAUGACUGGAUGUAUUAG